AUGAUGGCUCAAGAGACGACCAAUAUCUUUGAAAAUCUCUCCUAUUACUGUGAUUCGGACAGCACACCAUCGGAGAUCUCGUCGAUACAAUCAUCAGAGGGAGACUUUGCCGAAAUGAGCGAAUGCGACGAGUUUGUCGUUUCAGAUGGAGAGCAUUCGGCCUACACGGAAGGUUCAUCAUUCUACGACAACAAUCCGUUUGAGAAUCCAGACUCAGAGCAGGACGGUAUAUCAGAAGCAGGCCAUAAAUUCCCGAUCGGUGCUAUCGCACAACGCAUGACCAACCGAGACGGCGUUCUGAUAACGCAAUAUCUUGUUCUUUGGCAAUCUUGGGAAGACUCGGUCCCUGGGGGUUCAUGGGGUCAAACGCAUGGGGCUUGUAAGAAGAAGGAAGGAGACUGA